AUGGACCAGGGGGAUGAUCCGCGAGUGAUGGGCAAGGGGAAGGGGAAGGAGGUGAUUUUACGCUAUAACGGGGAGGUCAUCAAUGGAGAACAUCCAACAGUUCUCCGGGAUCCGAGGAAGGCAAGGCUAAAGAAGCUACCGAGCAUGCGAAGUCAGCGGAUGGAGUUGGUUCCCGUUAAAUACGAGUACGAUGAGCACUCGGUGGGGCCACCGCCUCCUGCUUCAGUAUUGGUGAUGAAUCUAUCCGUCCUAACCGCAAUUCCCCAUAUGCGACAUCAUUUCUCUGCACAUGGGAGCAUCAAAUCCCUUGAACUUCACUUGGACCAUAAAGGUGGUCCGAUGGGCAUUGUGACCAUCAGAUACAACUCCCAUGAGGAGGCUCGUGGAUGUGUUGAGAAGGAACAUGGUAGACCCUUGUCUGCAGCAGGUGCCGACUUCACCAAGGGCGUAGACGGGUCACAGCAGAUGCUGGUAGUGUUUGACGGGGAAGGGAAUGUCUCGAAGGCAGUACUGAAGGAGAUCGAAGGCCGCAGGUUGAGAGAACUGGACGAGAAGCGGCGCAAGGGGAAGGAGGAGAAAGCAAGAGUUGCAAGGGCAGAGAAGAUGAGGAUGAAUGGCCAUAUGGGGCCGGCUUCGCACAACUCGUGGAAGGCUAACCAACAAGGUGGAUUGAUGCGCCAACACCAACCAGGCGGCCCUCUACAACCCAUCCCGGGCCUUCCAGACCCUCCAUUUUGGCAUACACCAUCCGACGGUUCGCCCAUGCCUCCGACUCACUUGAAUGGCGUGCCGAGUGGCCCGAAGGGUUCUUCAGGACGCAUGCGCAAAGCGCCCCAGGGACCAGGGCGAGGGCGACAGGGUCCCUCGACACGCCCAUCUUUGCCCGUUCACUUCUCGAUAUCCACGCCCAUGCGUCCCUGGGCGCGGCAGUCAUCCGUGUACACUAAUGAUCGAGAUGCUCCCUCGCCCUCCCUGCGCUCGCGCUCGCCUUCCCCUGUGUCGAAAAAGUCAGGACGAUUGCUGCACGACAUCCAUGAGAAGAGCCACGAAGAGGUUGUGGAGGAGCUCGCUCGGAAUGGUUUCGAGCAUGUCACGAUCGACGGACACGGCUCCCAGCUCGGCGGGGCUGUGCGAGAAGAGGACGUCCGACACUUCUUCGAAGGGUUCAAGAUUGACAAGGUUCUUCGGGACAAAUCCAACUGGUACGUUACGUUCGAGACAGGGGACUCCGCUCGUCGUGCGGCACUUGUCCUCAACUCCGGGGCGCGGACUUUAGGCCACCACUCGGUGAAUGUCACUGUUCAUCCGGCGCCAGCUUCUCCCUCUGCUCCUUCAAAAGCGCGUUGGAACGACGACGAGCUUGUUGAACAAGCUGAGAAGAUCAUAUUGAAGGAUCUGAGGGCUAUGCUGGAGAAGGAUGUUGUCGAUAAAGUGGUGGCAAGUGGUAUCAGGCACAUGAUCUUGGACGAGAAGACGAAAAGAGGACCUAAGGUCGCUCUUUUUCCAGACGGACAUACAGUGGACCAUGAGGGUACGGAGCCGAGACAUUUCGGGGUGUCCGACCUGCGAGGGCUGUCGUUCCGCAAGCAGAAGAAGCGAGAUCGCGAGGAGAAUCAGACUCGUUUCGAAUCUCUUAUGCAGGAACACGAGGAACAUCAAGAGCAUCCGGGGCGGGAUGAAGAGCGACCGGAUGCACACGUUUCCGAUAGGCCACACAAGAGACAAAAGAAAACAGUGCCAAAAACGGUCAUCAAUGAGGACAUUGAAUCGGAGGAUGAGGCUGUGCCUCCUCAGCAUCUUGCUCGUGAAGAUAUUGAGUCUGAGGAUGAAGAGACACCUCGUGUUGCGCCAUCCCCUCUAUCCAAGAAGACCAAGAUGAUGCGUCGCGAUGGAUCAGAGAAAAUUGUUGCUCCGAAAAAGGCGAAGAAAUCUGCAAAGAAGAAGCCGGCUCGAGCGACGAAGCCACCCGUGGUUGAAGAGGUCGUGCAUGAAGUUCAGCUCGAUGAUUUCGACUUUGACAUCCCUACCGUCACGCAAGUGCGUCUCACCCCAACGCCUCACUUUGAUUCCUCAGCAUCGCCCCCGUCAUCUCCUGUUCGCAAGGUCAAGCAGCUUGUGCCGCCACCGCCACCACUUGACCCCAUCAAGGCAGGCAUUUGCGAAGACGACGAGGAUCUUUACUUCGUGAAGGUAGCGUUGGCCCGUGACUUGUUCAACAAAGAGAUCGAGACUACUCCAAGAGAGCCAACUCCUUCUCCGGACUCUCCGCUGGCGUUUCGUGUUCACAUCACUGGCUCUGCUCGCACGGAGGGCUAUUACUCCAUCUCUCAUGCGGAGAAGUCGGCGUAUGUCACGCAGUAUGCGUCGCGUGGGAUGGCCAACAAAUCAGAACCUGAGAUCGAGCAACCACAACAAAAUAUCGAAUCAUCCAGGUCGAAUCGCGCGAAUGCACGACGGCGGGCUCAAGGCCUGGAGGAGAUCAAUCAGGUACAGCGUGCUCUGGCACUGUCGAAGGGAGAGUCGGCGGCGACUGAGCUCCUCAAAUUCAAUCAGCUGCAGACACGCAAGAAACACCUCCGAUUCGCUCGUUCACCCAUACACGACUGGGGCCUGUAUGCCAUGGAGAAGAUUUCGCGUGGGGAGAUGGUCAUCGAAUAUGUCGGCGAAAUCAUCCGCGCCCAGGUGGCAGACAAGCGCGAGAAGGCAUACGAACGACAAGGCAUCGGUAGCAGCUAUUUGUUCCGUAUUGAUGAAGACUUGGUCGUGGAUGCUACGAAGAAGGGUAACCUUGGUCGCCUCAUUAACCACUCGUGUGAUCCCAACUGCACUGCGAAGAUAAUCACCAUCAACGGCGAGAAGAAGAUUGUGAUUUAUGCGAAGCAGGACAUUGAGCUCGGAAGUGAGAUAACUUAUGACUAUCACUUUCCUAUUGAACAGGAUAAGAUCCCUUGUCUAUGUGGCUCUACAAAAUGUCGUGGUUACCUCAACUAG